UUAAAAUUAUGAAAAAUUAAUCACAAAAAUUAUGCACAUUUAAUAUGUUUUAUUAAAAUGUGUGAAAAAUCUAAAAUAUGUAACAUUUUGAAACUGAUGGAGUAUUACUUCUUUGAAGUUUUACAUUAGUUUCCAGCUCACUUAAACUAAACUAGAGCUUGAUCCGUGCGGAUAUUUGUUUAACAUAAUAGACAUACUAAAUUAAUGUAAUAAUUGUACAAAUAUACACACAUCAGGAUGUUUGUUUGAUUUAUAAUAAAUAACAUUUAUGGCAGAUCGACGAUUUUUAAUUGUCUAUAAUUUGUUGAUUGCUCAUAUUGCGGUUACAUGUAAAACCAAUUAAAAUGAUAUGUUAUAUAACAUAUUCGUCAAUUAAUAUUUUAACUAGAGUAACCAUUUUUAUUGUAUUUAUUUAUAAAUUAAAAUACCAAUUAUUAUAUUUAUGUAUAUUAAUAAAUAUAUCUUUCCUAAAUAAAAUGUAUUUAUUUGUUUUAGUAAGAUAGAUAGAUAGAUAGAUAAAUAGAUAGAUAGAUAUAUAUGUCUCUAAGUUUAUUUACCAAAUAAAUUCUAAUUAUAUGUUCAUUUUUGAGAAAAAUAUAUUAAAUUGAAAUUUAGAUGUUGUAUUUUUACAAUUCAAAUAUAUAUAUAUAUGUGUGUGUGUGUGUGAAUUAUAUUAAUCAUCAAAUUAUUUAACAUAUAUUUUAAAAAUAAUUUUCAAUGUUUUAACAAAAACAUUUAUAGUUUGUAUUCUGUAUGGGAAAUGAAAUAAUAAUAUAUAUUAAUAUAUAACAUUUAAAGUUGUAGUUACAUUUUAAAUAAAUUUGUUUUAAUAUGCUGUAAAAUUUGGUUAGAGUAUAUUCCGAUUAAUGGAUAAUUGUUGGUUAGAUAAUAAUCUAAUUAAGAUAAAAGCAUAAAAAUGAUGGUAAGUGUGGUUAAGAUAAAAAUGAAAAAUGGUAUUAUGAAUGUGGUAGUUUAGACAAUUUUUGAGAAAGUUCGCCCCCCCAAGUCCGUAAAUUUAAUAAACAAUUAUGAAAAACACAUCCAAUAACUAAUUCAUGAUUAAAACAUAGACUCUAAAAAAUAAAAUAAAAAAUCAUAAUCUUGAUAUUAUUCAGAAAUAUUUAUUUUAAAAUUAUAAUUGGUUAUUCAUAUAAUAUUGUUUAUUUUAUCUUCAAAUACAACAACAUAUAUAAGAUUUCGUUAACAUGUGUAUUUCUGAAUAGCAAAGGUCAAUAUUCCAUUUGUUACGUUGAUGAUGAAAAAUCAGCUGUAUUGGAGCUUAAACCAAGUCGAGAUUGACAAUUGGGUUAUAUGGUAUUGCUUGACGUCCGGUUAAUUAUUACUCAAUGAUUUACGAUUAUUAAAGCCGGUUAUCAGUUGUACUUUGUUUAAUAUAAAAGCAAAGUUCGUGUGUUGUACACGUUAUCAGAGAAAUAUAUAUUGUAUUAGGGUUACAAACUUUAGGUCACAGCCGUUGUGUGAUUUUGGAGAGUUAGUGAUUUGCUUUGCCAGACCUCAGAGACGUAGCCACAUCGGUGAACUCUGGAUAAUCAAUUAAUCUAUGUGUGUAAACUUGUGCAACGUGAGUUCGAGGUUGAACGACUUCACGGUUUAGGUCGAAUAUCAAAACAAGCUUGAACACUUAAAAGAUUUGACUCUAUCUUCUUAAAUUAUUUGCUCCCUUGCUCACCGGCCGUUAGGACCGGCCGAAAAUUAGUUAACUAGUUUAUUCUUCUGAAUUCAUAUUCAACCCUUCGUUUCUCUCUAUCCAGUACUAAUUUUAUGUUUAUGUUCCUCACUAUUUGAUCAAGAAUGCAGUGUUAAUGUAAAUCAUAUUAUUUUUCAUUAAAGAUAUAUUUCCCUCAUUCAACUUUAGUCAGCUUUGAAUGUCUUUUAUAGUCUUGCUCUAAAGACGAAAACGAUAUGCUUCCCGAUUUACCUUAGAUUCGUCAAAAUUAAGGCAUCCAAAGGUAUAACUAUUAUACUCCUUCUAAAUAUAAAGAGUCAGCUAAAACCAAAUAAAAUAUUGUUGAAGAAUGAAAUCAGAGAAUGCCCGAUAGGCAAAAUAAAGAAAAUAAAUCAAGGUUUUAUUCAAACCAAAUGCAAAUAUUGACUAGUGAAUCAGUUAACAGAACAGAUUGCUCGCAAUUAAAAUUAUAAAUAGUCUUCAAAUCUUCAUGUAAGUCACAUAAACAACAUAUAAUUACAAUAGAAAAUACAAUUUACUCGAUAGAAAUGGAGAAAGUAGCUUUCAUAUUCAUCGGUCUUAUACUUUUCUCAACAUGCACUCUUAUUCUAGCACAAUCUUGUGAAACGGUCUCGGAUUGUGUUCAUCUGAAAUGUGUAACGAAGAUCAAAUGUGAGAACAACCAUUGUAAAUGCGUCAAUCCAAAACACAUAGCUUUACCACUUGACACGAACUGUGGUGUUGCUGCUUGCAUUGACUUUUGCAAGGCGAAAGGUGAACAAGCUUAUGCUUGUAUCUUAAACCAGUGUUAUUGUCGUAAACCUCCUAUCUACUAAGUAACAAUAUUGGAAUGUUCAACUACUGUUAUUUCCACAAAUUCUCGUUCAAAACUUUUAUUAUAGUAGCAUUUUCUAUCAAAUAAAAAUAAUAAAAGAAGAUAUCAAUGUUUCAAUUCUACGAAAUUUUUCAUCAGUUGCCUUUUUCGAGGGCAUUUUUCUCAGCGUGGAUUAAAUUUCAAUCAUAUACUCAAAGUAGUAUAAGAGAUGUCAAUCCAAUCCUAAAUUGUUUUAAGCAAUGAGAAUAAAAAUUAUUUGCCUAAUCUAAACAAUCAAGAUGUAGUUGAAUGGUAUCAAGUAACUAGCAAGAAAUCAAGUUCACAAGAGCAAUGAAACUAAACAAGUAUUCAAUCAAUAGUUGAAUAUGGAUCCAUGGGCAAGGACACUGAUUUAAGAUCCUGGGCGUUUUAAACUUAAUCCGAAGUACCAACCUUAACCCGAACCGGAAAAACCGAAAUCGAAUCUGAACUGUUUUACAAAAAUAUCCGAAUGGAACUUAUGACCUUACUACUUUGGACUUUGGUUAUAACCCGAACCGAACCGAAAUCCGAAUUAGGAUCCGAAGAUAUUCGAAAUUAGUUAAAUAUGCUAAUGUUUUUAUAUAUAUUAAGGUGAUUUAGAUAUUUUAGAGUAUUCAAAAUACUUUUGUAGUUUGUUUUAUUUGUUAUUUUGAAUAUUUUUUAGUUAAUUAAGAUAGCUUAACUAAUUUUUAAUUAAAUUUGUAAAUAAUUCAUAUAUUUUCAAAAAAAAUUUGUCAAUUUUUGAGGUUUUUAAAAAUAUAUUUUUGUAUGAUUUUAAACAUUGGUUAAAUACGAUCCAAACCAAACCCGGAAGGAACCAAACCGAACCCGAUCUGAUAAUUAGUAAAAAUCAAAUGGUACUUAUGAGCAUAACACCAAAAAUCCGAAAAUCCGAAUCAUCCGGACCGAAACCGAACGGACCACCGAACGCCCAUGCCUAUGAUCAAGAUUCAAUCUAGAGUACUCAUACAAUGAUCAUUCAUAUUCUAUAGAUCUAGACAAUCUAGACUAUUAAAACAGAAGUACAUUUUGUACUUAGUCUUGAGUUUUCCUCGAUAAUUACAAUGACAAGCCACUUGAAUUAAAACUAUGUCGUUUAAUACAUUCAAUAACCGAUUAUUUCGGUGGCCAGUAUCUAAACCCCGAUCUAAACUAUAUAAUUUCGUUUGCCUGCCCAUUUUUGUUCCACAAAACAACUGGCGAGCCCAAUUUUGUUUCAAAGCCCAUAAAGGUUCAUACGCAGCCCAAUAUACUCUGGAAAUAAAAGGUUUAAACCUCUAUAAAAAAUUAAAAAUCUCAGAUCCUCAACGUUUGUUUCCAAAUGAAUUAUCAAGCUAAAUAAUUAUAUUUUUAUAUAUGAAGAUGAUCGUCGGCCAGACAUGAACAAGUUAAACGUCGUUACAUAUAAUUUUGAUACAAAAUUGAAACUAAUAAUAACUCGUUUCCUUCCAAAACUAAAGACUAUUCAAAAAAUCAUUCCAACUUCUACACAAUGACAAUUAACUACAAAUAUACCUAAUAAUCCUUUUUGGGAAAAAAAACAAUAAUAUGAUUUUUUUCUUAUCUCUACGCAGUGGCCAUAUCAAUAAAUGAUAUCAAUUAACUAACAAAAUCAUUAUAUCUAAAUUAUUAAAAUGAAAAUACAAAUAUAAUAUUUAGCCUUAAGUUUUCCACAAUAUUAACCAAGAUAUGCCUCUGGCAUUAAAACUCAACGUUUUGAUUAUUUAAUAAACCGAGAAUCAUAUAUGCUUAAUUAUUAUUAUACCGUUAAAUUACUAAACCAUUACUUAACCACAACCAUCCAUUAUGUAUAGAACGAAAUGUAGGAAAGUGGUUGGUUUAUUAAAUAGAUAUGGGCCGAAGCAUACAUGCCAAACAAUUCUAGAAUCACGUAUGCUUAAUAAACCAAUCAACGUUUAGAUUAAAAACCAUUACUAAAUAUCUACAUUACACAACAAUCAAAAUACAAUUGCUGGUUAAAAAAAUUGUGUUGUAUAUCAUUGACAAACCACCAAAUUAAAUUUUGAUGCUAUCUUUACACAAAAAAAUUGUGAUGCUAUCUUAGUUCAUGGCAUUACCAUCAGAUUAGUGGUUUGGUCUGCAUAUACAAAUAUAUGUCAUAUAAUAAGAUCAUAGUUUAUAUCAAUAUUACUAUAAAUCAUGCGAUUCAAAUUCGAUACCAAUUUACACAAUACGAUUUAUUCAAAUUAAAUAUAAUAAUUCAAAAUAAAAAAUAAUCAUUUAUUAUUUUCCAAGUAAAAAAACAACCUUACGAUAUCAAUCAACAACCACAACAUCCUUAUUUGUUCCUAAUCUUGCAGAUCAAGUAAAAAAUCUUAUAUUUAAAAAUAUUUAUUCUAUAAGCAACUAACAAACAUAUCAUUUUUGAAAUAAAAUUGUAUAGUAUAUUCACUAUUUAAUACUGAAAAUUCACAACGAACAAAAUCUUUGCUAUUAAUACGCAAUUGUUUCAACCUUUUCUAACAAGCUAUAUAUAUUUUUUGGAGUUACUUUUCUAAUUGGUUUUUAUAGUUUCUAUCGAUUUUUUUCCUUUUUAACGCUAUAUAAACAAAAACUUUAGAUAAGAUAGAAAUCACAAAAUUAUACGUUUUCUUGAUUAAUCAAUACUAUUAAAACAUAAGCAAUUUUUAUCUACUUACAAAUAGUCUAGGUUGGACCAUUAUAUUUAAUUAUAUUUUAUAUUAUUUCUAUUCAUAUCUAAUUUAAUUAUUAAAUAUACAUCAUACCUAAAAUUAAGGAACUAACUAACUAAACUGUUAUCUUUUAAACUAAUGAAUUUAAUUUAUAUUAAUUCGAAAUUUUAAAUAACUAAUCAAUUAUAUUUUAGUUAUUAAUGUAAUACAUACUUAUAUAUAUAUAUAUUCAUUUGUAUAUAUACAAUUAUAUAUUAAUCUAAAUGCAAAAAAAAAAAAUUGUUCAAACCCUCACCAAAUACAUAAAAAUAUAAUUUUAUAGUUAGAGUAUUAAAAAAUAUAUAUAUAUAUGAUAAAAUAAAUAUUAAUAGUAAUUAUACGAUGAAACAUGUUACUAUUGAUAGGUUUAUGAAUGUAUUUUUUACGGGUUACUGAAAGAGACAUGUAACAUAUAUAUCAAAUAUAAACUAAUUGAACAAAUAUAUUAACAAAAAUAUAUCAUAAAACAUUACAUUAACAUGAAUAGAUGCCAGAGAGUAAGGGUUAAUAUUUUAAUUAUUUAAAAAUAUAAUUAUAUAUAUAUAUAAAUUAUAAAAAUUAAGAACUAAAUAUAAUAAAAAUAUAUAUCAAAAUAAAAUAAUAAAUAUU